AUGACCACUAUGCAGGCACAAGAUACAACUGGAAAUAGCCCUAAUGACGCGUGUGUACAAAAGUACUGGCUGGACGUGGCCUAUUCGCAGACCGAUCAGCUCCUUCCUCUCGGGAGCGCCGAGACUUCCCACAGUCUUCGUGAUAAGCGCGCCCUUCUUGAGAAACAUCUGAUUGCUCUACGCAAGGUCGAAGAUCUGCUCCGUCACCGCCUAAACUGCUUGCUCCCCAUCUAUCGUCUUCCUGACGAGAUUCUGGCACAAGUACUCGCACUCGCUUGCGCGGCUACUCGAGUAGUACCGGCACUUCCUACGCGGCUGAUGCGUGUAUCGAAGAAAUGGUGCUCAGUCAUCCGCACGUUCCCCGAAGUCUGGGCGCACCCUCCGCUUUAUCACUCCGAGAACGCUGUUAUCGAGUCUCUGUCGCGCAGCAAAGCAGCCCUCAUCAAUCUUAACUGGAAGUACACGAGUGCUCGAGUUCCGACCUCUCUCAGAGCUGGUCAUCACGCUUUAUGGAUGUCAAAAUGCGAGGGCAUCGUUCUGGAUGCCACUACAGCCAGCCUUCAGGCCAUUCUUCCUAACCUAGGCCAUGCAGAUGCCCCACAUUUGGAGACCGUGUCGAUUAUGGUCAACCGCUCCCAUCGUGAUCUUAACGAUCCUGAGUUGACAGUUUUGAACUGGCCAACGAACGUUUUCGGGCGCCAUGCACCUCGCCUUCGCGCGCUUGCUCUCCUCAAGUUCGGUUGCUUCAACUGGUCAGAAUCCGUACUCUCGUCUUCGCUCACGACACUUGCGAUCAAUUUCGUUCACCCUGGAUGGGUAUCACUCGCUACCAUCGCGCGAGAUCAUCCUGAAAAAGCCCACGAUUGCUCAUUCGACGGCUUACUAGACGCAUUGGAACGGAUGCAGAACCUCCAAAGUCUCACUUUGAGGGAUUGUAUCACGACGUCUAUCGUUCUUGGCUCUCCAACCAGACAAAGAACCAUCAAGACCCCAUCAUUGCGCCGCAUAUCGGUGCACGACUCCCCGGAUGCUUGCUCCGCCCUCUACAGAGCACUCUCACUCGAUGACAAGAUGCGGGCCGUGUUCGCAUUCAAAUAUACGGGCCCGCAAAGCUUGGAAAGCAUCAAGCAGUUCAUGUGCUCCAUCUCUAUUGAAGGUCGUUUUACUAUCCUGCAGUCCUCAGUUUGGCGCCUCCGCUCUCGUGAACAACAGGAUCAUGUAACAUUCGACCUCAAACCCAGCGUCGGUUCCCGACUACGGCUUCAAGCUACCAUGAAUGCAAAUGAGCAGACCCCAGCCGAGUUGGUCAACUCGUCGAGAUGGUAUCGUGAGCUAUGGAUAGCCAUGGCGACGUCUUUGCGACUACAGAGCAUAACUCAUCUCAAGGUUACGAUUGAUUCAGAUGUCGGCCCGUUCACCAAGACGAUGUGGCAAGAGUCUUUCUCCCAUGCGAAAGACAUAUCUGUGCUUGAUAUGCGGCCCGAUCAAGCGCCGGCGCUUGCCCAUGCUAUCUCCCCCGAUCCGGACGACACGCUCCCCACAGUCUCCCGGCUGCUAUUCCCGCGACUCGCCCUUGUCAACGCCCAUGGAGCGACCUUACGCGACAUCUUCCUGCUGAAGUAUGCGUUAAAAAAGAGGGCACCCGACUUCAGAGUUCUGGGAUCCUUCAUCAUCCGUCCCGGCAUAUCGCCAAAGAAAAAGCCACUGCGCGUAGUCUGUGUGAAGCCGGAUGGAGAACGGAGUGUUUUCCGAUGGUCUUACGAUCAAAGGUAUUAUCUACCGGGAUAUGAAUGGACGGGCUUCAAAACCGUACCGGCCUUAGAAGGCAUGCUCGCCAGACAAAGGGCUAGAAAGCAGGGUAUCCCCUCACUCUUGUCCAUCAGGGAGCACGAAAGGACAUUGGAUCGUUUCCGCGAGUGA